ACUCGUUUUCAAUCAAGUGCGAUCUACUACUUACUUAUACCUGCUUCCAAACAGUCAGAUUAGGUUUUCUUCCCCGUUUCCGUUUCUCAAAAAAUCCUUUCUUCACAGACCCAAAGAGUUAAAAACAGCCACCAAGCCCCAAAAGAUUGAUUACAGUGAUGGAUAGAUAGAUACUACUACUACCACUACUACUAAAAUUACUUACUAGUUACAGAGUGUACCAUUUCUCGAUCUCCAGCCCAAACCCUAACUAACCUUGACCCCGAUAAUGGCUUCCAAGUUUGGCUUGGCGGGUGGGAUACCGGAGCGAAGGGUCCGACCCAUUUGGGACGCUAUCGAUUCGCGGCAGUUCAAGAACGCUCUCAAGCAAUCCACCACACUUCUCUCCAAAUUCCCUAACUCACCUUACGCUCUUGCGCUUAAAGCUCUGAUUUUAGAAAGGAUGGGGAAACCCGAUGAAGCGCUAACUGUUUGCUUAAGUGCCAAAGAUUUGUUGUAUAAGAACGACUCCGUUUUGAUGGACGAUCUCACUCUCAGCACGCUGCAGAUUGUUUUCCAACGACUUGAUCACUUGGACUUGGCUACGAGCUGUUACGAGUAUGCUUGUGGGAAAUUUCCAAACAAUUUAGAGCUAAUGAUGGGCCUUUUCAACUGCUAUGUUCGCGAGUACUCUUUUGUGAAGCAGCAGCAGACAGCUAUCAAAAUGUAUAAGCUUGUUGGCGAAGAAAGGUUUUUGCUCUGGGCAAUUUGUAGCAUUCAAUUACAGGUGUUUUGUGGUAAUGGGGGAGAGAAGUUAUUGCUUUUAGCUGAAGGUUUAAUCAAGAAGCAUGUUGCCUCCCAUAGCUUGCACGAGCCUGAAGCUCUCAUUGUCUACAUUUCCGUAUUGGAGCAGCAAGCUAAGUAUGGUGAUGCUUUAGAAAUUCUCUCUGGGAAAUUAGGAUCAUUGCUAAUGAUCGAAGUAGAUAAGCUGCGCAUACAGGGGAGGCUUCUUGCUCGGGCAGGUGACUAUGCUGCUGCUGCCAGUAUAUUUCAGAAAAUCCUAGAAUUGUGCCCUGAUGAUUGGGAGUGUUUCUUACAUUAUUUAGGCUGUUUGCUGGAGGAUGAUAGUAACUGGUCUAAUGGGGUCCUCAGCGAUCCAAUUCAUCCACCAAAAUUCAUUGACUGCAAGCUUUCACACUUGGCAGAUGAAGUGUUUGAUUCUUGUAUGUCAAAUGCCGUAGCUUUUAUACAAAAGUUACAAGCAGACACCAGUAAUAACAUUUUAAGGGGUCCAUACUUGGCAAACCUUGAAGUUGAAAGGAGGAAGCACCUAUAUGGAAAGGGGGAUGAUGACAAGAUAAUGGAGGCCUUGAUGCAAUAUUUUUUCAGGUUUGGUCACUUGGCUUGCUUCACUUCUGAUGUUGAGGUGUUUCUUGAAGUUCUGACUCAUGAUAAGAAAACAGAGUUUUUGGAGAUGUUAAUGAAAAACUCUGAAUCUAAUUCAGCAAUGCCAACCAAAGAGCUUGGGAAGUCAAUUACCCUUUUAAAAGUUCAAGAACUGAUUGGGAAGAUGUACAGGCUCCCCAAGAGUGAACUUGAGGGCUCUGCUGUACAGAUGGCGGAGAUGUAUUGUAAAAACCUUCCACUUUCGAAGGACUUGGAUCCACAAGAGAGUUUGCAUGGGGAAGAGUUGCUAUCUAUGGUGUGCAAUAUAUUGGUUCAGUUAUUUUGGCGUACUGGGGAUCUUGGCUAUUUUGUGGAGGCAAUUAUGGUUUUGGAGUUUGGUUUGAGCAUCCGAAGAUUUGUAUGGCAGUACAAGAUCCUGUUGUUACAUUUGUAUUCUCACAUGGGUGCCCUCUCAUUAGCAUAUGAAUGGUAUAAAUCUCUGGAUGUGAAGAAUAUCUUGAUGGAAAGUGUUUCACACCACAUUUUACCCCAGAUGUUGGUAUCUCCCCUUUGGGUAGAUUUAAAUAAUCUUCUAAAAGAUUAUCUCAAGUUUAUGGAUGACCACUUCAGAGAAUCUGCAGAUCUUACAUUUCUUGCAUAUCGCCAUAGAAAUUACUCAAAAGUAAUUGAAUUUGUUCAGUUUAAAGAACGUUUGCAACACUCAAAUCAGUAUUUAGUGGCUAGGGUUGAAGCACCCAUUCUACAGCUAAAGAAGAAUGCUGAUAAUGUUGAAGAAGCAGAGUGUGUUCUUGAUAGCUUGAAAUGUGGGAUUCACUUCCUUGAGCUCUCUAAUGAGAUUGGAUCCAAAUCUUUGACCUUCAAUGAAGACUUGCAGUCCCGUCCUUGGUGGACCCCAACUUCAGAAAAGAACUAUCUUUUAGGUCCAUUUGAAGGAAUUUCUUAUUGUCCUAGAGAAAAUUCGACAAAGGAACGGGAAGCAAAUCUACGGAGAGUUAUUGAGAGGAAGUCUCUUCUUCCUCGAAUGGUAUAUCUGUCUAUACAAAGUGCUUCAACUUUACUCAAGGAGAAUAUUGAAGUGAAUGGAUCUGUUUCCGACCCUAAAAUUUCCUCGGAACUGAAGUUUCUGCUUGAAAGAUAUGCGAAAUUGUUGGGAUUAUCUUUAAGUGAUGCAAUAGAAGUUGUUGUGGGGGUUUCUAGUGGCCUAAAACCUUCUUCGGCUAUAACUCCAGACUUGAUCGAUUGGUUAAAUUUUGCUGUGUUUUUGAAUGCAUGGAACUUGAGUUCCCAUGAACUAGCACAGCCAGAUGGAGAAGGACAUAGGCCUGGUACUUGGCACAUUGUGGAUUCUCUGCUGGAGAAGUACAUUUCAGAGGUGGUCAGAUCUAUCGAUCCCAUAAUUUGUGCUCCUGGGAUUGAUCUUCCAAUUUUAGUGCAAUUGGUUACAGAACCAUUGGCUUGGCAUAGUCUUGUACUCCAGUCUUGUGUCCGGUCAUCUCUGCCAUCUGGAAAGAAGAAAAAGAAAGGUGGACAGGAUCUGUCUAACUCUCCUCUGGCUCAUGCAAUACGAGAGUCAAUCCAAUCUUUAUAUGGUACUGUAGAAAAUGUUAUGAAAUGGUUAAGAGAACAGAUCAAAAGGCCAGAGGAUGAAAAUUUGGAAACUAUACUGUCCUUUGUUCAGAAGACAGGACAGAACGAGGGGCCUGGGCAGGUUUUUAAGAUUCUAGAAACUUAUGUAUCAUCUGUAAAUGAUGCAGAACUUGGUGAACGGAUCUCUGAAGCAGUGAAGUCUUGGAGUCCUGCUGAUGUUGCAAGGAAAAUAAUAACCGGGAAGUGUACAGUAUUAUCUGAGUUUCUUAAAAUUUGUGAAUCAAAAUUUAAGUCACUAAAGACCUUGAAACAGCAGAUAUCUCAAGUCUGAAGUUGGAUUCAUGCAUUUAACUUUGAACAUUGAGCAUCGGAUGAUUUCAUCCUCCAACAGUUAACACUCUAUCCUAGCAGGAGGUUGGUGGAAUAGUUUCUGAGUGCUGUUAUUAAUGCACUGUUCUUAAUCAACUUUUAUCUGGUGAACUCCAUAUUGCCAGCUCUGUGUGGUGAAGUUGGUUGAGAACUGGUUUAUGAGUAGUUUUCAAAAUUUUCCUGGAUGAUUUGCUUGACGGAGUGUACACCAAAUAAACUCACAUUCUUUUUCCCAAAAUGUUUCAUGUUUCUCGUAGCUUGUUGCAUUGUAUUUUAAACGUAAAUUUUGGCAAUGUAUCAUCCAUUUCAUUGGUA